GGAAAUAAAUCAAAAGGAAUGUAAUAAAUGACUAACUUUUAGUUAGGAAAAAGCGCGCGGUAAAGCUACGUUCAAGUACGACAUUAAAAGUGAAACGGAACGAACGCCAAUACGACAUUGUUUGUUGACGUUUUGACGAACAUGGUUAUAUUUUGUACUUUCUAGUAUUUUCUUCGCAUUUCUUGAGCACUAUGUCGAACUAUACAGAUCUUGUGAAUAAAUUUGGCAAAGAGACGUCGCGGGCCGCGUGUAAAAAGUGCGGUUAUGCAGGGCAUCUUACGUUUCAAUGUAGAAACUUCAUCAAGGUAGAUCCAAACAAGGAGAUAGUGUUAGAUGUGAGCAGUACAAGUAGCGAGAGCGAGGAAGAGUAUGCCACGCCCCUGCAGAGGCUGAGGGAGGCGGAGCUGCGGCAGAAGCUGCAGGAGAAACUCCGGGAGGCUAAGGAGAAGAAGAGCAAGAAGAAGAAGAGGUCUAGGUCAUCUAGCACAUCAUCAGACAGCAGUUCAUCAUCAUCAAGCAGCGAGUCAGACAGAGAAAGAAGAAAACGGAAAAAGAAAUCCAAAAAGUCCAAAUCAAAAAGGUCCAAGUCUCACAGCGAGAGAAAGAAGAGCAGGAAAUAACAUUUUUGGAGUAAUUUUAAGUUUUUAUUAUUAAUUAUAGGUAAUUCAAGCAAUAAGUAAUGUAACAUGCCUUGAACAGAAAUCUAAAUAAAUAUUUAAAUAUUUUGUUAAUACCUAUUUAAUUAAGCAAACAUAUCCGCCAUGGCGCCAUCUAGUGCUUAUGAAUAAAAUCAAUGUGUUCUGUAGUAGAAAAAUAAACGUAAUUGUUAUGCCAUAACUCUAUUUGACUUGUUAUUAAUGCAUAUUAUUAUGUUAUUAAAGUGAGUACUUUUGUUUAUUGUUACAAUAUUGUGUAAUAGAAAGCUGUUUAACAUAAUCUCGUUUUCAACCAGUUUCAUAGAUUUAGAGUAUAUGAAAAAUAAAGUCCUAUAUUAUAAAGGUAAUUGCUAAUUAAGUUCAUCUGGAACAUGUUUUAUGCCAUAAGAUGAUUCACACAGACAAUAUUUUAAGUAGGAUAAAUUGGUGUCCCAUCAUAUCAAUUGAUCUUUCAGAAACUUGACUUAUAUUAUUUAAGUAUUUAAUUUGUAAUUUCUUGUUAAGGCUGAUAAAUCAAUUGUUAUGCAAUAAUGUGUGUGUUUGUAUGUUAGAUAUAAAUUUUGAGAAUUCUGUUUCUGAAAAAACCAUGAAAUUGUGCAAGUUUAAUUAAAUAUUUUGUAAUUGUAAUAAAGUAUUUUUCUUCCUAUUUCUAAUGAAGCACUAGCAAAACUAAAAAAUAAAACACAACUAGUCAAAACUAAUCUGGUUGUGUGGUUCCAAAGUGUCAUUCCUACAGAUAAACUCAACAAGGUUUCAAAUAAAAUAUGAUUCACAAACCA